UAUUAUUGGGUUGCACUAAAGACAGACGGAGACGCACCGACAGCAGGCAGAAACUAAGUCGUUCAACAGCCGAGACCAAACACUUCUUUGGUUUAAGAGAAACAUCCAGGGGGCAAAGCAUGAAACAUCCACUGCUGAUUGUUUGGAUUCUGGCAGGAUUUGUCAGCUGUCAAACCAAUGCUGAGAAAAAUUCAAUAGAAGUGAAAGAUAUUGCAGACGGAGUUGUGCUGAAAUGUGGAGAAAAAAUGAUGGAUCGAAACGGUCAAGAGGCGGAUGAGUUGACACUAUACUACCGUGAUGAUCAGUCUGGGGAAUAUGAAUGUACAGAUAAAUCAAAAAUCUAUGUGAAAUUCCGAACAUGCGACAACUGUGUAGAACUUGAUAUCCCCUCCAUCGCGGGUCUAACGGUGGGAGACGUGGUGGCUACAAUUGUAGUUGGAGUUGCCGUCUAUCUGAUCGCCACUCAAGGUCGGAGAGGUCAAGUCAAACCACCCAAGAAAAAGUCCGAUCGACAGAAUCUGAAUCAUAACAACGAUGAUAACUACCAACCACUGAUACACACCAAAGGAGGGAGAUCGGAAUAUGAUGAACUCAGAAAGGAGAAAGGAGGUCCACGCUAACCCCACAAAUGCAACCGAACUUCUACUGCAGGAUAACUCUGGUCCUGCAACAUGUGUCUUCAUCAGCUCCCAGAGUUAAAUGUGUCCAACUUAUUGUGUCCUCUUUUCUGAUGGAACUUGCCGCGUUCUAUAUUAUAACGGAUCUACAUUACUCAUCUAUGAUUUUUAAACAUUUUCUUGCUUUGAAGCUACAGCUGUUUUGUAGGAUUUGGUCUAUCAGCUGUUUUAGAAAAAAAUGUGCAGCAUUUUGAUAUUUCUAUAUGGCUAAUGUUAUGAUGCAUAAGAUGUUUUUUGUUGAUGUUCAAAUUUUAAAGUAAAAAUUUUAUUAAUAUAUUAACGUUUCUUUUGGUGGAGCUUAGAAUAAUAUGUUCUUCUCUCCUAAUAAUGAAAAUUUUUUGUUACAUGUCAAGUUAGGUUUGUCAUUAGAAUAGAGGAGAGGGUAGAAAGAGGUAUAUUUACUUUUCUA